AUGGCGCCAAAGGUCGACUUCAUCGAGGUGCAGCUCAACCUCGAGCCCCCGUCGGCCGCCUACGUCGUCGACCUCAAGCUCCCGACUACCGUCGCGCCAGGCAAGGCAGCUCGGCGGACAAGGCCACAAUCUCAUCCGAGCAACGGAAGCCAUCUAGGAGGCGACGAGUUCCGCCGGGCGCGCACCUGCGCGACAACUUCCUCGAUCUUCCGGCGCAGCGAAACCAGCACUGGCAACGACAACAGCGACAAGCAGCAUCAACAACAAAAAAAGUACCCACGGAGCCUUCUAUGGCGUUUGGUCGAGGAGGAUACGGUGCUGAGCAUUCGGUCGGCAGACAUUGUGAAGCCCAACAGCGCGCAGCCCGCGAACCUCGUACUCAAUUUCGAGUUCCAGCACGCCGUACGGCCAGCCUGCAUUGCCUUUCACGAAUCCACCGAGCACGAUGCCGUGCACCUGUUUGUCCUCGACACGGCCAACCAACUCUACAACAUUGUGCUCAAGGCCGACUCGUUCAGGAAGCGGUCGGUCGCUGAGAGCUCCGUGAGCGAGUGGUGUAGAGUCCACGUGCCCAAUGCUCUCAACAACUUCAAGCAGCCGUACCGGCUGACCGCUGUCAACGACGAUCAGCUCAUCACGACGUUGGCGGAUGGAGGACUGAUUCGAUUAGAUCGGAAUAAGUCUGGUGGCAUACACGGUCCAUGGAAGGAGACGUUCUACAACGCGAAAGGAUGGGCGCAUAGCUUCCGCACGAUAUUGUCUCGUGGAGGCGACAUGGACGCCAGUGCUGCCGCGGCGGCCGUACAGACAGAUUUCGGCUUCGACGACGCUUCUUUCCUCUUCACAGUCUGCCUGGACCACCGGUUACGAAUAUGGAACCUCAAUAGCGGUCAGGUGGCCAGUGCGUGCGACCUCCUCAACGCCGAGCGCAGCCCGCAAGAGACUGGCAAGUGGCAGCUGGACCCGGCGCAGACGAAUCUUCUGCGCCUCGUCGGCGACUCCGAGGGUCGGCGCAUGGCUGUGACAUAUUCGCCCAUCGGGCACGGCGAAUUCAAGUUUUGGAGAGUGCAAGCUGAAGACAAGGACACAAUCCGCGUUGAGGACCACCUCGCAGGGCUCGAGCUCGUCCCAAGGCCACCACGUGGAAACGACGUCUGGACACUAGCGGACUUUAUCGUCAAGGGCACUUCUGCCAGGGGCUACCAGAUGGGCAUCGACAUGUGGGUGUUGUGGAAGAACAACAUGGCAUACAGAGUGCAAUAUCUAUCAUUCAUGAUGCCGAGCAUCCCACAGGAGCAUAGCGAGCUACGGAACUUGUGGCAGAAUGGCUGGGCAACCGUCAUUGCGGAGAACUCGAACUCGACUGCUCCAGAAUGCGGCCCAUGCGACGCAACCGGCGUGCCUGAGAAGUGGUUGCGCGAAGUGUUCGCGCCAGGACGAUUCCCAACACCGACGAUCGAAGCGGCGCUGAGUGCUUAUGAGCGUGCGAUCGGUAAGACUGGCGACACCACGGGGCAUCGCAAAGGCCUGAGCCUCGCCGAGUCUAUCUGCACAGCAAUUGCUUCAACUUCAGCCUUGACGAAAUCACCGACUGGUGAUAUAGACCAUGACCAAUUUAGAACUUCGAGCGAGACACAAUGGCGACGAUUCUAUCGGAUACUCAUUGAGCUAGAUAAACCCAGAGGCGAAGCGCUCUCACUGGCCUUCGACUCAACACCGUCUACACACCCAGGACAUCCUGAGAUGCCCUGGAUUGUCUGUGCCGAUCGCUUGUCGACGGUCAGGCAGUGCAGUGACAUGGAGUCGAUUUGUCAUCGCCCAGAUUCGCAUCGAUCGGCUCUGACAACUCUGGUCAAUACUGGUCGCUCUUUCGUCGACGGCUUUUCAGAUAGCAUGCUGCAAGUAUGUCAGUCGGUGCUCCGCGCUGAGCUCUUCGAGGAGACGACGAAGACGGACCACGAACGAAUCCAGUUCUUCUCCGACAAGGCUGGGUUUUGGAGGCAGAUUUCAGACGAGGAUUGUGCUCUGGUCACAGAUGCGCUAGGGCAAAACUUCAACCAAGUGACUACCGAGUUAUACCAGCACCUACUGGAUCGGAUGAAUGAAGUCUUGAGCACAGCACCCGAGUUUUCUGCGAGCGACUUUGGGCAACGGAUAGCGCUCAAGACCACACUGGACUUGGCAAACCUAUACUGGAAUGUCUGCUUCAGUCAACUUAUCCUCCUUGUUCAUAUGGAGUUUGAGUUCGACCAGCCUCAAGACGCCUUACACAACCGAGUUGACAUCGGCUACGUUUACCGUGAGUUGUUGCGGACUAUGAAGAGACUCGAGUUUAUCAGGUGGCUGGCAAACACCGAAUUACAUCUGCCCGUGGCAAAAGUGACCGCAGGCGGCGAAUCUCUCACUUCGUCGCGACGUGGCACAGAUGAUCUCGUGGCGACCUCUGCGCUUGAGCUCAAUCUUAGCCACCUGAUGGGCUUCAGCGACAUUGAAGCCUCGCCAUCUCGGAUCACCGACAUCGCGGUCGAUAUCUGUGCGCCCGACAGCUCCAUCGAGCUCGUGCCUGAGCUUGUGCAGUGCAAUCUCCUUGUCCAGAACCGGCCAGACUUGGCUGCAGACCUGAGCCCUUUCUGUAGCCAGGAGCCAUUCUCGACGUAUGUUCAAGGCAGGGUGUAUCUCGCCACCAGAGACUUUGCCGCAGCUGCAGAUAACUUCAAGAAAGCGGCAUUCUGUUUGAGCGCGCCGUGGAAAAAGAAGGGCCGGGAAACGCAUAGUGGCGGUCUCCUCGACAGCAUCGAGUGGGAUCAGCUGCACGCGGGCCUGCCACGAUACUACGGACACAUAGUUGCGCUCUUUGAAAAGCAAAAGGCCUACUCAUACGUGAUUGAAUUUGCCAGACUGGCAUUGCAGUUCAUCAACGGCUCGACUCGCGAUGCGGACACGAUCCGCGCGGACAUGCAGAGCCGACUGUUUGGCGGCGCCACGCAGCUCUCGGACUUUGAGACGGCGCAUGCAACGCUCGUGACGAUGCGCAACCGCCGCCUGCAGCACGGAUGCCUGCACAAGCUGGUGACGACCAUGUGCGACAACAUGCACAGCUCCGAGCUGGCGCGCCUCUUGUUCCCCGGGCUGGAGAGCGACGUGGACGAGAUCCUCGAGUCGAAAUGCCACGACACCGUCGACGUCGUCACGGGCAUCCCCUAUCACCAGAUCCUGUACGCCUGGCGCAUCAAGGCAAACAACUACCGUGGCGCCGCGGCCGUGCUGUUUGACCGCAUCCACAAGCUGCGCGAGCUCGGCGAGGGCGAUGUGCCUCUUCCGAGCAACAGCGGUGGCGGCGAGGAUGGCGAAGGCGACGUCCUCGACACGGCCGUCACGCGGCAAUAUCUAAUGCUCAUCAACGUGCUGAGCUGCGUCGAACCGAAGCAGGCGUGGAUCACGACGAGCGUGCCCUCGCCGAACCGCACCGCAAACAGCGAGCAGGCAGACCUGAAUGGAACGGGCGGCGGUGGUGGUAAUGCGAACAAAAAGGUGAAGCGAGGCGAGCACGCCUCCUCCUCCUCCCAGCGAAGGGUCGUCACGCUGGCGGAUAUCCGCAAGGAGUACCAGGACGAGCUGGACCGCAUCGCGGCGAUCCAGAACAACCAGUUUGGCUUCGAGGCUGGAGACGAGAUGGAGAUUUUGUAG